CCCCCGGCCCACGUGCUGGGUGUCAUCUCCCCCGGAGGCAGCCCGGCGCCAUGUGGAGCAGCCGGAGCUCCUUCACCAGCCUCAUCGUCGGGGUGUUCGUGGUGUACGUGGUGCACACCUGCUGGGUGAUGUACGGGAUCGUCUACACCAGGCCGUGCAGCGGGGACAGCAACUGCAUCCAGCCGUACCUGGCGCGGAGGCCCAAGCUGCAGCUGAGUGUGUACACCACUACAAGGUCCAAUCUUGGUGCUGAGAAUAAUAUAGAUCUGGUUUUGAAUGUGGAAGAUUUUGAUGUUGAGUCUAAAUUUGAAAGGACAGUCAAUGUAUCUGUGCCAAAGAAAACAAGAAAUAAUGGCACAUUAUAUGCUUACAUAUUUCUUCACCAUGCUGGGAUCUUACCUUGGCAUGAUGGUAAGCAGGUGCAUAUAGUCAGUCCUCUCACUACAUACAUGGUUCCCAAACCAGAAGAAAUCAAUCUUCUCACAGGAGAAUCUACUACCCAGCAAAUUGAAGCAGAAAAGAAACCAACAAAUGCCCUAGAUGAGCCAGUUUCUCACUGGAGAUCAAGGUUAACACUCAAUGUGAUGGUGGAUGAUUUUGUCUUUGAUGGGUCCUCUCUCCCAGCUGAUGUUCAUAGAUACAUGAAGAUGGUUCAGUUGGGAAAAACAGUACAUUACUUGCCCAUUCUAUUUAUUGAUCAACUUAGCAACCGAGUAAAAGAUCUAAUGGUAAUAAACCGUUCAACAACUGAACUACCUCUGACUGUGUCGUAUGACAAGAUAUCAUUAGGAAAACUCCGUUUUUGGAUUCACAUGCAAGAUGCUGUGUACUCCCUACAACAAUUUGGAUUCUCAGAAAAGGAUGCAGAUGAAGUAAAAGGAAUUUUUGUAGAUACCAACUUGUAUUUCUUAGCUUUGACUUUCUUUGUAGCAGCAUUUCAUCUUCUUUUUGAUUUUCUGGCCUUUAAAAAUGAUAUCAGCUUCUGGAAGAAAAAGAAGAAUAUGAUUGGAAUGUCUACUAAAGCAGUGCUCUGGCGAUGCUUCAGUACUGUGGUGAUAUUUCUUUUCCUUUUGGAUGAGCAGACAAGUUUAUUGGUGCUGAUUCCAGCAGGCAUUGGAGCAGUAAUCGAACUAUGGAAAGUGAAAAAGGCAUUGAAAAUGUCCAUUCAGUGGAAAGGCCUAAGACCCACAUUCCAGUUUGGAGCUUACAAUGAAUCCGAAAGGAAAACUGAGGAAUAUGAUACUCAGGCUAUGAAGUAUUUGUCUUAUUUACUGUACCCUCUAUGUAUUGGAGGUGCAGCUUAUUCACUCCUAAAUGUCAAAUAUAAAAGCUGGUAUUCUUGGUUAAUCAACAGCUUUGUCAAUGGAGUAUAUGCCUUUGGAUUUCUCUUUAUGUUGCCCCAGCUGUUCGUGAAUUAUAAGAUGAAAUCUGUUGCACAUUUACCUUGGAAGGCAUUUACAUACAAAGCUUUUAAUACAUUCAUUGAUGAUAUCUUUGCUUUUAUCAUCACUAUGCCAACAUCACAUAGGCUGGCAUGUUUUAGGGAUGAUGUGGUAUUUCUUGUUUACCUUUACCAAAGAUGGCUUUAUCCUGUGGAUAAGAGCAGAGUUAACGAGUAUGGAGAAUCUUAUGAAGAAAAACCCAAAAGAAAACCCCACAGAGAUUAAUCAUUGAAAUAACUCUAGAAGAGGCCACUCUUGGGACAGCCAUUGGCUAUGUUUGUUGAGUUUUUAUUUUUCUUCUCUAAGCAAAGAGUAAAGUUUGGAUUGUCAAGUAACUGAGUAUUUUUGGAAGCAUCUCAUGGAUUUUCAUGGACAUUUACAUCUUCUGCAUUGCCAAAAUAUUUGAAUGUUUCUCAUAGAUCUCUUGAUUUACUUAUUUGUCUUUGGAAAAGAGGCUGCCAAUAUUUAUACCAGCUAUCAGUCACUGCUAAGCACUUACAACUUUAUUUUCCAUAAAAAUUUAAACAUAAGUUUCAAUCCCAAAGCUUUUUGGUGUUUCUCUUGUCACACUUGGUGGUGCAUGACAGAUUUUGGCUAUGGAAUACCAACUGCUGAAAUAGCACCCUGUGCCAGUGACUUAACAGAUAUUAACAUCAAAUAGGCCAGAUACUGUGAAACUCUAGCAGGGAUAAGUAGCAUUUCUGUAGGUUAAAUUAUGUCAGAACUUCAAUUAUAAUCAGGGCUUUUAAAAUUAUUUUUAUUUUAGGAUUUAAAUCUUCACCUUACAUAAAUUCCAGAUAUGUAUAUGAAAUCAUUCCAUAUUGACACUUUGGGAUCAAAUAGCUUUUUUCCCCAUUUGGAUUAUAUUUUAGUUGUAUUAAAGCUGAAUGUGUGUGUGCAUUUUAAAAUAAAUUUUACUGGCUAUUUUACUUUGCUUGACCUGUUAUAAAAAGAGUAUCAUUCAGAUACUUAAAAGAUAAAAAGUUUCACUUUUCCCAAGAAAUUAAUAAAUAAUAUGGAUUUA